AUGCGGAUACAGACAAGACUUGCCAUCAAGGCCGUCUCACGCUGCGCACACUUGCGCUCCGCCGCUCCCGCAGCUUUUUGGGGCGCAAGAUGGUCGUCAACUGCCACCCGGCAGUGGUCCACGCCGCUGGCGAAACACCUUGCGGAAGCCAUUAGUACCACAGGUCCGGUGCCAGUAGCGGCGUAUAUGCGACAAUGCCUCACCUCCCCAGAGGGCGGAUACUACACCUCACGAACUGAAGGCCGGGAUCAGUUUGGGCAGAAGGGCGACUUUGUCACCUCGCCGGAGAUAUCGCAGGUCUUCGGAGAGCUGAUUGGCAUAUGGGUCGUUGCGGAAUGGAUGGCCCAGGGCAGAAAGAGCUCGGGAGUGCACAUCAUAGAGGUUGGGCCAGGGAGAGGGACGCUGAUGGAUGACAUGCUGAGGACCAUCCGGAACUUCAAGCCGUUGGCAUCGAGCAUAGAGGCCAUCUACUUGGUCGAGGCCAGUCCGUCACUGAGAGAGGCGCAGAAAAAGUUGCUUUGCGGCGAUGCGCCUAUGGAGGAGAUCGACAUUGGGCACCAGAGCACGAGCAAGUAUUCAGAUCAACUGAAGAUCAUUUGGUGCGAGGACAUGCGCUUCAUUCCGAAAGGUCCGCUGAAGCGCUCUCUUCCUACUCCCUUCAUAAUCGCCCACGAGUUCUUCGACGCCCUCCCGAUCCACGUCUUCCAAUCUGUCGCGCAGCCAGCAACUCCUGCUUCCACCAUCCUCACACCCACAGGAACCCACGCGACAAGAUCUCGGACCUCUCAGCCCUCCGGGCCCCAAUGGCGUGAACUCCUCGUCUCACCGACUCCGCCCUCCUCAGUUAUUACCACAAAGCAAUCACCAACCUCGGACCCACCGCCCGACUUCCAACUCUCCCUCUCCAAAGCAUCCACUCCACACAGCCUCUACCUGCCCCAAACCUCACCCCGCUACGCCGCGCUCCUCCCCCACGCCGACUCCAUAAUCGAAAUCAGUCCCGAGUCCCUCGCCCUCGCCGCCGACUUCGCCGCGCGCAUCGGCGGGACCCCCAAAGCCCCAAAGCCCGCCCCCUCCGGCGCGGCCCUAAUCCUCGACUACGGCCCACUCUCCACAAUCCCCACAAACUCGCUGCGCGGCAUCCGCCACCACACGCGCGUCUCCCCCUUCUCUCUGCCGGGGGAAGUCGACAUCUCCGCGGACGUCGAUUUCGUCGGGCUGGCUGAGGCGGCGAUAAAUGCCUCCUCUGGGGUAGAGGUGCACGGGCCCGUGGAGCAGGCGCGCUUUUUGGGCGAAAUGGGGAUUGAGGCGCGGGCCGCGGCGUUGGUGGCGCGGGCCGGGGGAAUAGAGGAGAGGAAGAGGAUUGAGGGGGGUUGGAGACGGUUGGUGGAGAGGGGGCCGCAGGGCAUGGGGAGGCUGUAUAAGGCGAUGGCGAUUGUGCCGCAUGAUCCGCGGGCGGUGGGGGGGAGGCGGCCGGUGGGGUUUGGGGGGGAUGUGAGGGGGUAG